CUGUGAAGUAUGGAUGUUGACUAUCGCCUGCUUACAUAAGUUAUUAGUAAUCACAGGGUCACCCUUGUGUACGAUUGCAAAAACUACCAAUGUGUAUUCAUUAUUCAAAUAUCAAGCUGUAAGAAAUCCAUUUCGCUAUAAAAGACCUAACUAAAAACCAAUAGAAUUGCCAUUAAUAGUAUCUGUCAAAUAUGCCGCCUUUAAUAGAUUUACCAUUAACUUCUGAUUGGUAUGAAGCGAUUGAACAGCUAAUUGAAAGGAUUGAAGCCCGCUUAUCGAACAAGCGUACGAGCAAAAAAGCACCAAGGUAUGCUAAGGGGCCUUCAAAAGACUCGUUACAACAUGUCAGGCUUUGGGCUAUAGAACCGUAUCUUACAGAUGACUUUGAACUAGGAAAUAUGUGGGGGAGGUCAAAGGAUAAAGAAAUAAUUGAGGUUAUAUUUUUACUGCUGUUUUCCAAAGCUAAGUUAGUACGUUACUGCCACGGAAAUUGCUCCUUGGUGUUUCCCGACGGCUCUCGAUAUAUAAGAGGAGAAAAGAAACUAUUGAGAUAUAAUCCCCAAUCCCUGGGACUUUCUUAUCUCAGUGUACUUUCCCAAGUUUUCACAAAGAGGGACAUACAAGAUGAAUUUGACCAUGUAAAAGUAUACUUAUCGAGUUUGAAUAAAACUAGUCAAAGAUAUAGUGUCCCUUCUGAAGGAAUUUGGGGCAACAAUCAUAGGAAUGUGGCUCUUUCCGCUGGAUCUGACUAGGAAGUUAUUAGGGUACAAGGAUAUAAGAAUAAUAACCGUUUCUUCAACUAAAUAAGUCAUAAAUAAAGUGAGAAACAUCAAUACUUUCCCAAUUGUAAUCAAACACCUUGAGCAACAUAGUAUACCAAAGCGGAAAUCCCUGCUAAACUUGUCCAGAAGGUGAAAAGAGAGCUUGGGCCCCCAACGUUGACGUUACCGGUUCUUCCAAACCACACC